AUGGCCACUGGACUUCGACUGGUGACGGAAAGAGACGGCGCUGGACGGCCAGUAUUAGACGGCGGAAAUGGCGAGGAGCUGAUGCACGUCCAGCAAGGUGUCGCAAUCGUUCUAGGCGACGGCCACCGCCCGCCUGAAUCCCCCGGCACUCUCUACAUCACUACCAAACAAGUUGUGUGGUUGAGUGACACAGACAGAGCUAAGGGCUAUGCGGUCGACUUCAUCUCCGUGUCUCUGCACGCGGUGUCCAGUGACCCUGAGGCUUAUCCUUCCCCUUGUAUAUAUACUCAGAUCGACACUGGAGCUGAGGAAGAUGAAAUGGAAGAUUCGGGUUCUGAGAGUGACGAUGCAGUAGACAUAUCGAAAAUAACUGAGAUGAGGCUUGUGCCUUCAGAUCCCAAUCAGUUGGAUGUGUUGUUUGCAAUAUUUUGUGAGUGUGCCGAGCUGAAUCCUGAUCCCACAGAAGAGGAAGAAGUUGAACACAAUUGGAUUUUCAGUGCUGAUCAACUGGAAAAUGAUGGCGCAGAGGAUGAUGGUCCAGAAUGUGAUUUCCCUGAAAUAUCGACGAAUGCAAUUGGUGCUAAUGGGACUCAUGACUUGGCUCAUUCAGUUGUGCAGCUUCACAUAAACGAUCAGCGCUUUGAGGAUGCAGAGGAAAUGGAGCAGGAAAACAAAAACGGUCAUCACUGA